CUUACGUACACGCUCCUCGGUUUUGUUUGUUUAUAAACUUUGGCUCGUCUUCCAGCAUUGUUAGACUAGCGAAUUCUAAAUGGAUUCAGUUGCUUCGCUCGCGAGGUUGAAGCCGUUUGUGUCGUUGAUAAUUGUUAGAACGUGAGAAGUUUGCGCCGCAAUGCCGACCGAGGAGGAAACGUACCUUGGAUUCGAUCUGAGCACUCAGAAGCUUAAAGCUGUCCAACUUAGCAAGGACUUACAGACGUUGGUCUAUGCUGAAGUGAAAUUCGAUAAGGAUCUCUACGAAUUCCAAACCUUUGGCGGCGUUCACGCUGGUGAUGAAACACACGAAUUUUACGUUCGCCCCAUCAUGUGGGUAAAGGCUUUAGACAUGGUGCUCGAUCGACUUGUUGUCCAAGGAGCGAAUCUCAGUACAGUAGUAGCCCUUAGUGGCUCUGCGCAGCAACACGGUUCGGUCUACUGGACACAACAAGGAAUCGAUACCCUCAACCAACUCGAUGCUGAUAAAUUUCUCCACGUACAACUCAACGAAUCAGCAUUUUCACUGAACCGUACGCCAAUUUGGAUGGACGGCUCGACAGAAAAACAAUGCGCUGACAUGGAAGACGCUGUUGGUGGUCGUGAAAAAAUGGUGGAAAUAAGCGGCUCAAAAUGCUAUCCAAGAUUUACAGGACCUCAAAUUCGAAAAAUUUACGAAACAAAACCCGAUGUCUACGAGAACACUGUUAGAAUUUCGUUGGUGAGCAGCUUUUUGGCAUCAAUAUUUAUUGGUCAUGUUGCACCAAUUGACAUGGCCGAUGGUUCUGGAAUGAAUUUAUUGGAUAUUCGCUCGAAGAAAUGGUCAGAGGCGUGUCUGAAUGCGUGUGCACCGGAUUUAGAAAGGCGUUUAGGAGAACCAGUGAAAACAUGCUCAGUUAUCGGAAAUGUUUGUUCAUUCUUCGUGCAACGAUAUGGAUUCAAAAAUACUUGCAAAGUGACUGGAUUCACCGGGGAUAAUCCAUCAGCUCUGUGUGGAAUGCUCGUUCAUAAGGAACUGCUCGCAGUUUCCUUGGGUACAAGUGAUACUAUUAUGAUGACCUUAACACAACCAUCAUUGCUUCAGGAAGGUCAUAUUUUGAGGCAUCCUGUUGAGGAUACUUUCAUGGGUUUGUUAUGUUUUAGAAACGGUUCAUUGGUUCGUGAUGUGUUCAAACGUGCCGAUGCCAACAAUAACUGGGAUUGCUUCAGCGAAAUGUUGGAUUCAACUCCGCGCGGGAAUGGCGGAAAUAUGGCUUUGCAUUUUCAUUCAGUUGAAAUCAUUCCGAGUGUCGAAGGCACACUUAGAUGGGGACCAGAACAUUCGCUCAAUUGUUCGGACGCAUCAGUAGGAUUAGCUAAAUUUAACUCGCCUGCCGUUGAGAUACGAGCUUUAGUCGAAGGGCAGAUGCUUCACCGGAAAGCAAUAGCAGCGGAUAUGGGAUUUACAUUCGGAGAAAACACAAAAAUUGUAGCAACAGGAGGAGCAUCCGCAAAUAAGUCAAUUCUACAAGUUGUCGCUGAUGUUUUCAACGCACCGGUUUACAUACAAAAAACAACGGAAGCAGCCCUUCUCGGUUCAGCGUAUCGUGCCAAGUUCACAUUGCACAUUACUUCGACCGGUGUCAACCCGUCUGAAGACUAUUAUGAGUACAUAGCACAAUUCCUGCCACAUAAUUUGCACCGAGUAUGCGAUCCGGCCAAAGACAGUGAAGACGAUUACCUGCCCAUGUUACCACGCUUCCGUGAUAUGGUGAAAGCCUUGCAGACAAGGAAGAAGACAAUGAACGUUUACGGUUUCUAGAACCACGUUAAGCAAUAGAGAAGACAUUCCAGUUGAGCGUGAUCUACUGUGAUUUUAUGGUGCCGUUUUGAAUUUUUCGAGGAAGGGAUGAGAAAAGUGUUUUUGUAAUGUAUUAUUGGGGGAAGUGAAUAAAAGAUUAUUCAGAGAAA